AAUUCCAAUUAGAGGCACAUACAUGGGAUUGGCCCAACUACUAACAACGGAUCGUCCUCCAUCAGUAACUGCUCGGUUGAUCCACAGGUCUCUCUUUCCGGUCACAAGUUCCGAACGCAACAACGUUCAGUGGGGCACACGUCUUAACCACAAUUAGAAACCAACCUCAGGUUAAUUAACCGGGGUUAGUUUCGCCUCAUCCCAGAGCCAGUGUUUAGCUCACCUAGAUCUGCUUUAAAACUAGGGUUUCGAAAAGCGGAUAAUUUUGUCGAUUUUAUUGAUAAUUCUUUGAAUUUUUGGCGUGAAUUGUAAGAAUCUUUGUUCUGUGUUAUCAUCGAUCCGUCUCUGUGGAAAUUUCACAAAUGGAGACGCAGAGGAUUAUUGAAUUACCUCACAAGAAUAUGGAUAAACGCCCCAGGAAGAGACCUCGAUUGACAUGGGACAUGCCCCCUUCUGUUCACCCACCUCCCAAGAUACUUCCAUCAAUAUAUUGCGGACAGGAGUUUACAAGUGGGGCUGUCCCCAACUUUACUUAUUCUUCCUUAUAUUACAAAGGAGUACCCCACAAUGGAUCUCCUCCUUGGAGACCUGACGACAAGAAUGGCCAUUACAUCUUUGCUAUUGGAGAAAAUUUAAGUCCCCGUUAUCGCAUUCUGAACAAAAUCGGUGAAGGGACUUUUGGGCAAGUCUUGGAAUGUUUGGACAACGAUACGAAAGAACUCGUGGCAAUUAAAAUUGUGCGUUCAAUACUCAAGUAUCGUGAAGCUGCCAUGAUUGAAAUUGAUGUCCUACAGAAGCUUGCCAGGCAUGAUGUUGGUGGCACCCGUUGUGUGCAAAUACGGAAUUGGUUUGACUAUCGUAAUCAUAUUUGUAUUGUAUUUGAGAAGCUUGGACCAAGCUUAUACGAUUUUCUCCGCAAAAACAGCUAUCGUUCAUUUCCCAUUGAUCUUGUUCGGGAGUUUGGCAGACAACUUUUGGAGUCUGUGGCAUUUAUGCAUGAUUUACGCUUAAUUCACACUGAUCUGAAACCAGAAAAUAUUCUUCUUCUUUCAUCAGAAUAUGUCAAAGUGCCAGAUUAUAAGCUUCUGUCACGAUCCACUAAAGAGGGUUCCUAUUUCAAGAAUUUACCAAAGUCGAGUGAUAUCAAGCUCAUUGAUUUUGGGAGCACUACAUUUGAACAUCAAGACCACAGCUAUGUGGUGUCAACACGACAUUAUCGUGCGCCAGAAGUUAUUUUGGGUCUCGGAUGGAACUAUCCUUGUGAUUUAUGGAGUGUAGGUUGCAUACUUGUUGAACUUUGUUCUGGUGAGGCCCUCUUCCAAACCCAUGAGAACUUGGAACAUCUUGCCAUGAUGGAGAGGGUGUUAGGGCCGCUGCCCCAACAUAUGAUUAUUAGAGCUGACCAUCGCGCUGAGAAAUAUUUCAAGAGGGGUGCACGGUUGGAUUGGCCGGGGGGCGCAACCUCGAGAGAAAGUAUGAGGGCAGUUUGGAAAUUACCCCGUCUUCAGAACCUGGUGAUACAGCACGUCGAUCACUCUGGUGGCGAUCUGAUUGAUCUCUUACAAGGGCUUCUUCGUUAUGACCCAGCAGAACGACUCAAAGCAAGGGAAGCCCUAAGACAUCCUUUCUUCGCAAGAGAUAUGAGAAGGGAUAGUCCUUAAUUAGAGAGUGAAAAUUACUAGUCUAGAGGCUGAAAGAUGAAGAAAUUGCAGUCCAAGAUCCGCAGUAGAUUCGGUAUUUUAUGUACUCGUUGAAUUUUUUUUUAAUUUUGUGUGUGUGUGUGUGUGUGUGUGUGUGUGUGUGUGUGUGUGUGUGUGUGUGAGGAAGUGGAGCUAACCCUUUGUUGUAUCUCACUAUACAUUCUUCCCAUGCUUGUUCAAGUUGAUCUAUGACCAUCAUUGCUUAUCAAAGUUAGCCAUGUAGUUUCUGAAGUUAUAUUUUAUACUCUGAAGUAAAAAUGUCUGAUUAGAUGUCCAUUAAACUCCAACUGACUUGAAAUUUUGCAAGCAUAAUGGCCAUUGAAGGAACAAUUAAUCCAAUGGUGAGUUUGGCUGGAUCUAAAUACUACACAAAAUUAUUGAGAAAUGUAAGAAAAAUAAAGAGAUCUAUUUACGCAUAAAGAAGUUCUCAACUAUUUAUUCUUACGUUCCUCUGUAGUUGUAUUAGAUUGAACUCUUGCACAAUUCACUGUCAAAUCCUCUUGGGUGCAAACAAUUCCUUGAGAAGGGCUGGAGGGCGUGUGAGUAUCAAUUAGGAAAACAAAUGCACAUUGUGCAUUUGACAUCUUCCAUCAACUAGUUGGAGUCUGGUGUAAUGACGUUGUGAAACUAAUAAACAAUUUCUAUACUAAACCCCUAGUAAGAAUUUAUGUACUGACCCUCAUUUGCGUGUUUUGUUUGUUUUGCUAGUUGCACACUGCUUUUGUGACCUUUUGGUUGUAUAAUCUACAAGUUUGAUGAAUUAAAUGUAGGAAAAAAUGACUGUGUUGCAUCAACGCUUUAAAUGGCCCACGUUAUUUUUUUUGGUUGUAUCAUGUUACCAUAUAACUAAACCAUAGGUCACACUUUGAAUCAAAUAUUACUCGUGAAAUUUUCCCCGUUGAUUUAUAAAUUUGAACUACUUUGGAUCCCAUGUUUAAGACAUCAAAUUCGUAGCAGAGAUGUGCUUCUACUUGUACAUAGAUAUGAGAUAGUGAAGCCAUGAUGCAAAUGUCAUUCUAUAUACUUCCAAAAAAUUGAUUCUCUGUAUGUGUGUGAGUGAAAAAGGGAGAGAGAGUGAGACUUGCUAAUGAUGUUUAAGUCUCAUAUUACUUGAAUUUGUCCUUCUAUUUACUUCCCAAAAAAAUUUAUUCUCAGUGCAUGCGCGUACGCAUGUGUGUGUGUGUGUGUGUGUGUGAGAGAGAGAGAGAGAGAGAGACUUGCAACUGAUGUUUAAGUGUCGUAUUGUUUGAGUUUGAUUCUUUCUUCUUCUUCUUGUUUUUCUCCUCCCUCCCUCGUUUUCUCUGAUAGUAUUGUUUUCUGAGUAACAAUCAUGUAAAAUAUGGUUUGAAAUUUUUUUAAAUAUAAUUAUGCUUUAUAUAGUCAAUUUUUUUCCCCGUAUUUACUGUUUUCAGAAUAUGAAAUUAAAUAAAUUAUUGAUGCACUAAUAAGAGCAAGCAGAAACUAUCUAAAA